UCUUUAAAUAUUUUCAACUUUCCUCAAAACAUUAAAUCAUUCAUCAUAUUUGAUAUCUUCAUUCUUCUCUUUACUACUACUACUAGCAUCAGUUUGGAAGAUUGUUUGGUAGCUGCAUAUUGAGAAGCUUUGAAACGUAGCAACUACAAUGGCCAAUGUUGUGGAGCUUAAAGUAGGUCUGCACUGUGACGAAUGCAUCAAGAAAAUCUUGAAGGCAAUCAAGAAAAUUGAAGAUAUUGAAACGUAUGAUGUGGAUACACAACUAAAUAAAGUGACAGUAACUGGAAAUGUGACAACUGAAGAGGUCAUCAAAGUUCUUCACAAGAUAGGGAAACAAGCAAUCAACUGGGAUCAACAAUCAAGUUAAUAGUUAAUAAGCCAGUGAGCCACUGCUUUAUUGGAGAGUGUAAGACGACCUUGCAAUUUCAUAUUAUAAGAGUAUCAACUUAUUAC